CCAGCUGUCACAUGUGUCUUGUCCUGUGUCAAAGUCAAAAUGUAUCGAUUUGUUUGUUGAUGAAAAUUGUUCACGGAAGUUCAUAUUUCUCCUGCUUCAAAUUAAAUGUUUACAAAACGACAGUGAAGGCUUCCGAAAACUAGUUGUUUUUCAGUUAGUUACAGCCAUGGCGGACCAGCCUGGGUCUCCGGAUGAACUGGAGAUGCUGAAGGCGUUGUACGACUUCGAGGCGACACUCUCGAAGACCUUGAGCUUCACCGAGGGCGAGUUUUUCUUCCUGCAGCAGACCAAUAGCAAGCAGAGGAACUGGUGGCAUGUCGUCAAUAGGAAGGGCCAAAUGGGGUUCGUGCCGUCUAAUUACGUGGUGGCAGUCAAGGUGGAACCAGACUUUGCCAUGUCAUUCCUUAACAACUGCAUCAAGAGCUUAAAUGAUGAUAAUGUUAUAUCGUCACACAAGCAAGAGCUGCUGGCUCGGCUGACGGAGAAGAGGAAAAUUAUUCAAUUGUCCCUGAAGCCUCCAUCGAAGAAGCCCCCGGCUCCCAAGCCCCCGCCCCGGCUGGAUGACCAUACUCCCCCUAAUGGGGUCUCUCCGUCAUUUGACUUGAGGCCCGUGGUGUCUCAACAGCAUGUAACUGAAGAGCUUGAUCAAUCUCCAACAACUGCUAACAAUAAUCUUCAGAAUGAGAUAAACCGAAGAGAGAGCCUGGCUACAGUGGCCUCACAGCAGCUGUCUUCAGACGCGGAGACCCAGGACGACAGUCAGGACAGCAGCGACGGCAUCAGGCCCAACGCCAUCUACGAGAUUGUGCAGUCUGUGCGCAAGGAGACACAGCUCAGCCAUGAAAUGUCCAAAGUUGCUGUGGAGACGGUGCUUACAUCUUUGAGGGAAUUCCUGCCAGGCGGCGCGGCGCGUUCAAUAAUCGACGCCCUCCUCCGCGAAGCCAACAGUAACUUCACGUGUCCCAAGAACGCUAUAGACGCGGCUCCGGACGCGGUCCGUAUGAUCACGUCGCUGAACGCGUUGUCUAAGGCGGCGAAUGACGCGCAGCAGCGAGGCUGGGCGCUGCACGACGAUGCCCAUGAUAUACAGACGCAGCUGUUGGAGCUUAUCUCUGUUAUGUCGAACGCGGACGUGAACAUCUCGCAGCACGUGCUGAGCUCGCACCGCUACGGCUACGUGACCACGCUGGUGCAGUACUACCAGCAGGAGACGCGCUGGCCGCUGAGACAGCUUCUGUUGCAGGCAUUCGGCGUGAUGUGCGGCCUAGAGCGCGUGGCGCUGGCCACUCUCGCUUUAUCUCAGCUGCCGGCGGAGAUCGCGCGGGACAUGCGCGACAACCCGCGCGCCGUGGGGCGCCUCUCGCACUGCGCACUGUUGUUGUCCAUGCUGCUGUCUAUGGCCGACCCGCUGCCUGUCACGCACUUCGAGAUCCUAGGCGUGGAGUUCGCCCAGUUCCUCCUACAACUGGUGGAAAACCCUCCAGACACGGAUGUGGAUGAACAAAUACCGGACCUCUUCCUCACGUUGUUGCUAGCUUAUAACCUGCAGUUUGAAGGCGCAGAGAAUCUGCUGUUGGAUGCGUUGGAGCGGCAGGACCAGGCCAAGACCUUCUGUGAGAAAGUGCUGCUGUUGCUUAACAGAGAAGAGGACCCGGUCCGCAUCUUCGACCACGAGCCCGAACCCCCGCACUCGGUUCUCAAGCUCGUGACCGACGUGUUCUCGCGCAAGAAGACCGCCGACCACUUCUACACUAAUGAUGUGAAGGUGGCGAUUGAUAUUGUUGUGAGGCAGCUGGCUGACCUGUCGGCUGGGGAUGAGCGCCGCCAAGACUACCUCAAAAUCUUACAAGGCGUGAUCCGCAACACUCCCUACGGCUCCCACCUGCACCGGCGCGACGACGUGUUGCGUUGCUUCGCGCGGAUCUUCUGCGAGGAGGGCGCCGCGAGCCGCCGCGACCAGGCUCUAGUUAGGGCUGUCUCUAACGAGUUUCCCAUGUAUUUUAAGGCUUGAGGGGUCUGUGGUAUGAUCGGAAAGCCUAAUUAACGCUGUUUGAUGGUCUAAGCAAGAGUU